AAAAAAAAAAUCAUCAACUCAAACAAACAUGGCUUAUUCAUUCAUUCUUCCAAUUCUAAUAAUCUCAAUAAAUUCUCUUCUCAUCCAAACAGCCCUUUCAGCAUCCCCACUUUUCAGCAUAUGUUCCAGCACUCAAAACUUCACCACCAACAGUCUUUAUGAGAGAAACCUUAACAAACUCUUAGGUGAUCUCUAUUUCAAGACCCCUCCAACCGGGUUCGGGUUCGGAUCAUCGGGUCAGUACAACGACCGGGCUUACGGGCUCUCCCUCUGCCGCGGCGACGUCUCGACCAAUGACUGCAAAACAUGCGUCGUCGAGGCAAGCAGCCAGGUCACCAAGAUUUGCCCCAACCUCAAAGGGGCCGUCAUUUGGUACGACAACUGCUACUUGAAAUACUCCGACGUCAAUUUUCACGGCACGAUCGAUAAUCGGAACAAAUUCUACAUGUGGAACUUGAACAACGUGAGCACGAACGCCGAGCUGUUUAACCAGAAGACGAGAGAGUUGAUCGGAAAUCUGUCGACGAAUGCUUCUCGAACGAGUAAAAUGUAUGCGCAUGGGGAAACGGAUAUCGGGAUUGAAUCGAAAAUAUACGGAAUGGUUCAAUGCAGUAGAGAUUUGUCGAGAGAUGAUUGCAAGAAGUGUCUCGACGGCGCAGUGAGUGAGCUACCGAGUUGCUGUGGAGGGAAACAAGGUGGGAGAGUUGUUGGCGGGAGUUGUAAUAUUAGAUAUGAGAUCUAUCCUUUUCUCAAUUAGUUUUCAUGUUUAUAUAUAUUCAAUAAAUGAUUUGUAAUUUUGAU